UGGAGUCUUGGACUGUCCAUACCUCUCUACAUCAUUCACACUCGUCACUUUCCCCAUAGGAAUCACACUCAUUACUUCCCAUAAGCUGCGUGACGGAUCUCAUUGACGGACUCUAACAUUAAAUCCAUUCAACCCAAACGCAUAGGUCCAACAACCAUCACGCACGAGAAUCUCCAAAGGUAUAUAGAACGGAACCGAGAGUCGCAACGCGCCUCCAAACUCUGUCACCCCAUCAUCGCGCGCGGACGGGGCGAGAUAAUCGAACGCCUUCGCCCGGCGGUUGCUGCAUUCAUCGGCCAGAUUGAAUUCGCAUAUAUCUGGUACCGAGAAUGUCGAAUCCGGCAGCUCAGAAUGUCGUGCCGAGCUCAACUGGAGGGCCAUAUGGUGGGCAACCUCAAUCAGCAGGCGGUUCUGGUGGCAGCAGCGCGCCGGUGGCGACGAGCGGCGGAAAUAAUCCGCCAUCCGCCCAAAAUCUAAAUCAGAUUGUCACGGAUUAUCUCAAGAAGAAGGGCUUCACCAAGACUGAAGCCGUCUUCCGCCAAGAGACGGCCUACCUAGGUCCAGAUGGGAGACCUGCUCGGCGGGACGACGACCCUGGUCCGAGAAGGUACCUGAAGGCCUUCCUCUUGCUGAAGACUUGGAUUGAGAACAACCUGGAUAUCUACAAGUUUGAGCUACGAAAGCUUCUGUGGCCCGUAUUUAUCUACUCAUACCUGGAGCUAGUGAGCCAGGGCUACACCGACGAUGCCAGAGACCUCCUGGAUACUCUGAGGCCAAAUUUCGAGGCAGUUCACCAGGAUACCCUGGCGCUCUUGAGUACCGUGACAUUACCUCAGCACGUCAACGAGAAUCCAACCACCCGUCGCUACCGUGAAAACAGGUACCGGAUCCCCUUGAACCAAUCUCUCUCCGGGAAUCUCUUUCACUUCCUCGAGCGAGAGGCAGACGAGGGUGGUUCAACGGUCACCUACAUUCUCCAGACCAACUGCAUUGUCGAGACGAGCACCCGCGGUCCGAUCGAGCCAUACAGUUUCGAAGCGAUUUACCGCCGCGCGCUCAAUCUUGACCUGGAGGAUAUUGACGUCCAGGAGGGCAUUCCUGGCGUCUUCACGGGCGUGUCUAACCGGGAUGUUCUCGACACGAGCGCCAAGCUGAAGCUCGGCCCCUUGCCGAUGGAACCUGAGCUGAGAGACGACGUCCGGGCAGAGCUCGAGGACGAAGACCAGCGGCACCCGCCGGCGGACGGUCGGCCUACUCUCGUCGAGGAGUUCGACAAGCGGAUCAAGCGAGAGGAAAGCGCCGACGCGCCUUCACGAGCGGAUUUACCGCUUCCGCCGUCGCGCGCACGAGACGUGGUUAUGGAGAUGCAGAAGGUGCGCGAGAACCGUGACAGGUUCCAGAUCGAGGGACGCACCGGAGGCAUUGGGAUCCCCGUAUCGGCCUGCAUGUUUACUUUCCACAACACUCUAGGAAGUGUUUCGUGUAUGGAAUUCUCUAACGACCACCAACUCGUGGCCGUGGGCACGAUGGAUUCGUACAUUCGCGUGUGGUCGCUGGACGGCAAGCCGCUGAAGACGAGCCUGGAGAACGAGAAGGAUCUCAAGGUCAAUAAUCGGAAGCUCAUUGGGCACUCCGGCCCUGUUUACGGAAUCUCGUUCUCGGAUUCCAUCGCCAAUCUGAACCGUAACAUCUACGGUGACACCGACGAAAAGAAGCCCGAUACUAGUACAAAGUUGCUGCUGUCAUGUUCGGCAGAUGGCCAGGUCCGGCUCUGGUCUCUCGAUGUGUGGGCGUGUCUGUGCAUCUACAAGGCACACGACGGCCCCAUCUUCCGCGUCCUAUGGGGCCCCCACGGCCACUACUUCGCCACAGCCGGAUGGGAUAAGACUAUCCGGGUGUUCUCACAGGACCACGCCUCGGCGCAGCGUCUCAUGGUCGGCCAUGAUACCAGCAUCUCAGCGCUGGCCUGGCACCCCAAUGGCACAUAUGUGUUCUCAGCAUCGGACGAAAUGGACAAGUCGAUCCGCAUGUGGUCAAUAAUCACGGGCAACUGCGUCCGCAUUUUCACCGGCCAUGCUCACUACAUCAGUGCCCUGCAGUGUGCCCACAAUGGCAGGAUACUUGCUAGUGCCGAUGCCGGAGGGAACAUUUUCCUCUGGGAUAUCGACAAGGGCACGCGUAUCAAACGCUGCCGCGGCCAUGGCAAAGGCGGCAUUCCGUCGCUUAGCUUCAGUGCCGAGUCGAACGUGCUUGUGUCUGGCGGUCUGGACGGUACGGUCCGCAUCUGGGAUAUCGAGUUACCGGCCGACCCCAACAAGACCAACCCCCUGGCAGGCGGGACAGGGCAGCCGGGACCGCAGGCGGACGGGACAGCCGGCGACACUAUUGCCGUGGGAGGGUCCUCGGAUGGACGCAGCAUCACUGUGGGCGGUCAGGCGGCGCAGGCACCGGGAACCAGCGCAUCCGGGGGCGGCGUCGGCGUCGGGACUGGCGUUGGCGGCAGUGGUAAGAAGAAGGCGAAGGAGGUCCAGGUAACACCGGAUCAGAUCAGCGCCUUUGCGACUAAGAAGACACCUGUUAUGAAGGUGCAGUUCACGCGGAUGAAUCUAGUUGUGGCGGGUGGAUGCUACGAUCCCGAGCGCUAGGAGCGCACGGGAAUGCUAUAGCCUGCUUGUAUCUUAGCGGAUUUCGCGGUAUUUGCUCACUUCUGGGACGAGGGAGGGUUCUUUCGGGACUGGAGUUUCGGUCGGGUAGUACACAGGUGAAGGUGCAACGGGACUAGAUAUCCAUCCUGCAUAUUGUCGAUUUGCGUGGUCAUUAGCAUAAGGCAGAGAAAGUACAUUCUCUGACAGAACCUGAGGUGACCUACUCGUAUACCUGUCUGGUAUCAUCAGUGCCUACCUUCCAU